AUGUGUCCUUUGGCAUAUGCUGUUGUUGAGGUGGAGAAUAAGGAUAAUUGGCUUUGGUUUUUACAAUUACUCAUUGAUGAUCUUGGUGGUGUGGAGCUUUCUUCAACAAUCACAUAUAUGUCAGAUCAACAAAAAGUGACAUUACAAGAACUUCUACCUGGUGUGGAGCAAAGAUUUUGUGUGCGUCACGUUUAUGCUAAUUUUAGGAAGAGAUUUCCUGGCCAAAUUCUAAAAUGUCUAUUACGAAAGGCAACAUCAUCAACACACCCUCCAGCAUGGGAGGCAGUGAUGAGAGAAAUUAAAUAUGUCAAUCCAGAUGCCUUCAAAUACUUGUUAGCAAUUCCACCUAGGUUUACAGGUAAAGCUGUUUGUGACACCUUAGUCAAUAAUAUGUUUGAAGCUUUCAACAGUGUCAUAUUACAUGCAAGAGGACAAAAAUUUUUUGAGGUGAGACACACUUCAAUGAUUGAUGAGAAGUAUGUUGUUGACAUAGAUAAAGUCGAAUGCAGUUGCAGAAAGUGGACUUUAAUAGGAAUCCCAUGCUGUCAUGCACUAGCUGCCAUGAAUUUUUUGAACAUCAAUGGAGAAGACUACAUCCCAAAUUGGUUUAGAAGGUCAACAUACCAAGAAACAUAUAUUCCAAUGAUAUACCUUAUCAAUGGUCAUCACCUAUGGGAAAUGACUUCUCAGCCUGAUGUCUUGCCUCCACCUAAAAGGAUGUUACCUGGUAAACCAAAAAAGAAGAGAAGGCUAAAGGCUUGGGAGCUAAAGAAGGAUGACACAUAG